AUGAAGUCCUUUUUGGGCUGUUGCGCGCAGAAUUUCGAUUUGAGAGGAGGGGAGGGGGGCGAGGGGGGAUUUGGUGGUGCUGGCGGUGGUGGUGGUGGUGGGAGAGGGAGAGGGAGAAUGUGGUGA